CACACACACACACACACACACCGUACGCAUUUGUUUUGGUUUCGUUAAUCACCUGCUCUCCCGUUCAGUGUAUAUUGAUAACGAUAUACGCGAUUUACGUCAAUGGUCGUAUCGAACGUUUUUGCGUUCCGUUCCGAAUAGAAGUUAAUAAUAAUAAUAAUAAAAAAAAAAAUUAAUGCGCAACGGUAAGUAGUCGAAUUUUUCGUCCGUCCGCCGCCGCCGCCGCCGCGUCCGAAGUCGCGCUCGCGUUUUUUUCCGUUUUUUUUUCUUCUAAUCGUCCGACGACAGCGAGACACCAGCGGUCCCACCGAAGCCUAUCCGGCUGCAGCGCGGACUCCGUUGUCCCGUAUGAUUGUUCGUCAGCCUCUCCGACGAUGAUGAGAACGAAAGCUUGAAUACCAUUUGACUUGGCGUCCUGUGUUUAGAAUUAAACGAUGGGAAAACAAAACAGCAAGUUGAAACCCGAAGUGCUGGAAGACCUGAGGCAAAACACCGAGUUUUCCGACGCUGAGAUCCAGGAAUGGUACAAAGGGUUCCUGAAGGACUGUCCGGGAGGUCAUCUGAGCGUGGAAGAGUUUAAAAAAAUCUAUGGCAAUUUUUUCCCGUACGGCGAUGCUUCCAAAUUUGCCGAGCACGUGUUCCGGACGUUCGACGCCAACAGCGACGGUACCAUAGACUUUAGGGAGUUUCUGUGCGCCUUGUCGGUGACUUCGCGGGGCAAGCUGGAACAGAAACUUAAAUGGGCGUUCAGCAUGUACGACCUGGACGGUAACGGGUUCAUAUCCCGCCAAGAGAUGUUGGAAAUAGUCACGGCCAUAUACAAGAUGGUGGGCACCGUGAUGAAGAUGCCGGAAGACGAGUCGACGCCCGAAAAGCGGACGGACAAGAUAUUCCGGCAGAUGGACAAGAACAACGACGGUCGGCUGUCGCUGGAAGAGUUCAUCGAAGGCGCCAAGAGCGAUCCGUCCAUCGUCCGGCUGUUACAGUGCAACCACGCCGUCCAGUAGGCCAGUGGUGCUCCCAGUGAAACUGUAUUAUACCUAAUUAUAUAGAUAUAGACCAGACCACCACACGAUAUAAAAAUAUUAAUUUAAUUUAAAAGUCAACGCCCACAAACGCGAGAACAGCGUUGCGCACAAUUUUUUUAUUUUCCUUUUUUCAACUCCUCGUUUGUUUUUAACGAGAAAGUUAAUUUUUUUUUUAAACAUACGUAUAUGUAUGGAUUUUUUUUUUCAUUAAUGUUUUCGCUAUAAUUAAAAUAAUUGAUACAAUCAAACUUCAGUAUUUGAGGCGCUUCCGAUUCGCUAUGCGUGUUACUAAAAUACAUAUUAUUAUUAUUUUAACGUUCACAUAAUAUUUGUUUCCGCUUGAUUAUCGGUGAUGUUUUUUUUUAAAUUUAAAACUAUACAAAUAUAUCGGAUUUGUAAAUUUGGUCAACAUUUUUAUGUGUUCGUUAUUAAGUUAUGCCAGUUGUUUUUUUACUGUGAUAUAUAAAUUGUUUACUAUUUUCAUCUGUAUACAUGUAAUUAUUAUCGUAUUCAAUUGAUUUCUUACGGCAAUAAUGUUUUGUACUAUUUAUUUUUUCCCAUAAAAAUUUCAUUUGAUUGUAUUAUUUCCUCCUCGAUGUGACGUCAUUCUACGUACGACCAUCGCCUUGUAAUAAAUUUACUGUUCUCGUGUGUGCAUAACACUUAAAUUGUAAUUUUAACAUAAAAACAAACUGAUAUUAAAUAAAUACGUUUUAUGAGUAUCUCUCGUUGUACACUGACAAAUAUUAUCUCAGAUAUGUGCAUUUGUCCGAGCUACCGUUUAGGCAAUUUUUCGAUAAAGUAUUAUCCGGAAUAAAAAAGAAAACAAUUAAUAAUUGAUAAAACACAAAAUAUGUUUAGGGUUCUUAUAUCUAGUCUUUGUCGACUGUUCUACAGUUACUGUUCUUAAUCAACUAAUUUCAUAAUAAAUUAGGUAGCCAACGCUGUUUGUUAGGGCCGUCUCCCUAUAAGUUUACAAUAAUAAUAAUUGUUGUGCUUAUUUUUGUUUAUUUUAAACUGUUAUUAAAAACCUUCAAACCAUUGGAACGUGUUAAUUUUUGAAUUAAUUGUUAUUUCAUAUAAAAAAUAUAUAUAUUUUUUUAACUCGCUAACUCCUAGAACGAUAAAUACAAUAUGGAUCGUUAUUGUUAUUGACUUCUUUCACAAUCUAUUUGGCACAGGCUUCGGUGCUAUAAAAAAAAAAAUGCCUCUAAAAAUCAUACCUAUUAAAUAUGUAUUUAUAUUUUUUGAGAGCGAUUAUAUAUUUUGUAUUUUAAUUUAAGUACAUUUUCGAUAACAAAAUCGCUUACGGUUACGGUCGAUAUAGUCGGAUGAUGAUAAUUGAUAAAAAUUAUAGUAUAAUAAUUAUUAGCCGCGUAUGUUAAUCUCUAAGUGAAUAAUUUAAUUUUAAGCGGUAGUUUUAAUUAAUAUAAUCGUUAUAAUCAUUACCUGACUUACUCCCAAGUAUUGCGUUUGAAAUAUCUAAUCAAACCACAAAUUUGUAAACACAACUCUUAUUGCUUUAACGACAAGUCUUUGAAAUAAAUAUUAUUACCGUACUUUUUUAUUAUUAUAAUUUAUUUGUUUUGUAAUUCUAUUUUACUCUCGUAAUAAUCGUGUGUCAAACUUUGCCAUCUUCUACACAUUUGCUCAAAAACGUCAGCCAUGUGUCAAAUUUUCACUUGUUAAAAUCAAAAAAUUCAACCUUUGUUUUUAAAACUAUUUUUUUUUUAUUAUUAUUGCUCUUAUAUUUGUAUUUUAACUUCUAUUUUUUUUUUUUUUUUAAAUAAUACUUUAUUAUUUAGGCGAAUAGUUAUAUUGUUGUAGAAUAGCCUUAUUGUUAUUUCAACUAUCCGAUUAUUAUUUUUAAACCAAUAAUAAUAAAAUAUCCACGUUUUAAAUUUCCUCCAUUAACCAAUGUAUUAAAUAUUAUAUAAACAUAGUUUAUGGCAAAAACA